AUGCCCGCCGCUGAUCCCACAUAUCCUCUCUACCCCAUUGCUUGCAUCCUGGCUGCAGCAAUGCUUCCCCUUGUUCUUUUGACCAGCUUCAUCCGACAAAGCUGGAACUUGGGCGUCGCUUUCUUGUGCUUCUGGCUGUUCUUCGAGGUUCUGACCGACGGUAUCGAUGCCAUCGUGUGGUCCAAUAACGCCGACAUCAAAUUUCUCGUUUAUUGCGACAUCGGUCCGUAUAUCCUCGACGAGGCUAUUCAUUGCGCUCAACCUCUCCGUCUGACACUACAUUGGGCAGUAUCGCACAUUCAAGAGAUCGCUGCGGUUGUCAAGCCGAUGGCCACCCUGAUCAUCACUCGCCGACUAUACCUGAUUACAAGCUUGCGAUCCGUUGAACCUCCUACAAGAGCGGCAAGACGCAAGAAUCUCGCUAUAGAGUGGGCACUCGGUUUAGGUAUUCCUCUUCUGGUUGCAGGACCCCUCUACUACGUAGUUCAGUCGCUUCGAUUCCAGGUCGAUGAAGGGUUUGGCUGCCGCGACUCACCCGACAACUCGAUACUCAACAUUCUGCUUGUGAAAUCGUGGACUGUGAUUCCGCCGCUGGUGUCCAUCACCUUCUACUAUCCUCAUGUCGCCCGAGUCUUCUAUCGCCACAGCCGGGAGAUUGACUAUUUUUUGCAGAGUAACAACUCAGUAUCGCGCACAAACUACUUCCGGAUCCUUGCUCUUGCAAGCAUUGAUAUCCUACUCACCUUACCUAUAGGCAUUGCGACGAUCGUCUUGGAUGUGAAAAACUUGUUGACUUUUGGUCCCAUCCCAUUCUACUUCGGUUGGACCUACGACCACACGGACUGGCAGCCGGAGGCAUUUUCCUAUGCAGACAUAGUAUCCGAAGGGACUUUCACUGUAGCGCAGCUCUACUUCACUCAAUGGACAUCUCCAGUCCUCGCAUUCGUCAUCUUCGGCCUCUUCGGCGUCACAUCCGAGGCUCGCGCGUCGUACUGGCGCAUCAUCUGCACCGUCGGCGGCUGGUUCGGCUGGAAGCCGACUCUUCGCACGCGCAGGGCGCGUUCGCCGCUGGGAGACAUCGAGUUCGGCGGGCGGCCUGCUCAGAACUCUAUGUCGCUUGGUCUCGAAUCGAACCCAAGCUACGUCAAUCACGGCGCCCGCGCGCAAGAUCAGCCUGAGGGCGGAGAAGGAGAAGUAGUUGGCGAGGCAGAGAACGGCUCGGAGAAGGAUGACAUAGAGGAAGUACCCCGGGGUACUGCUGAGGAGACGAACGACGAGCGCCCGACGCUGGGCUCGACGCAGCCUUCCGCGUCUUCCCAGGCUUACUUCGGCCAUGCUUCGGCCGAAGUGUAA